UAGUUGUGCAUUUAGUAUCAGUAACAUUUUCCACUGUUGAUAUAUAUUUAGUAAAAUAUACAUUUAACCUACUGAAUAUUAAAGAGGAAUAAACAUUUUUAAAGCGAAUAGAACUCCUGAACUGUUGGUAAAUCUAACAUAUCAUUUACUUAAAAAGUAAAUGGACAUUCGUUCUUACAGUAAUGAUUGUCUAAAAUGUUGUAUUUUCUGUUUCAUUGCACAGCGUAAUUCUGCCGCUUAUUGUACACAAAGUGAUUAUUUCAAGAAAGGAUUUAAAGGACACUAUGUUUUCGAUUGUGUUAUUACUGGGUUUUAUGUCCAUAGAGUCUUGUCAAGCCACAUUUUACGUGUCGACAAGGAAAUCACUUUGGAACGGCUCUGACAAAGAAUGUAUGCCGGCUACACCAAAGGUUGGCGCUGCCAUUCACUAUUCUCCAAAUGCUUACACUGUUGACAAUCUUGAUAUAGAUUUACCAGAUAAUGAGGAAAUAUGGGUAGGAUAUUACCAGGUAGAAAAAGUAUUUGAAUAUAUCGGAUGUGUGCAAUACAGUCAAAUGUUUCCUAGUACUCAGCCCAGGGCUGUCACAAUAAAUGGAGAUCCAGGGCAUUGCUUCCCCGGUUGCGGAGACAAUAUCAUAGUAGGAGUCACCAAAACUAAGUGUUACUGUCUUGGAGAUGAAUUCAAAUUUCAAAGAAGGAGGACGGAGAAAGAAUGCAUUCAUAAAUGUAAUCAUCCUGUUGUUGCAUGCGGCAAAGAUAACGAUUCAAUGAGAUAUACGUACCUAUCAAUAUACAAAAUCAAUGAUAACGUUAGCUCUAUCUCAGAAACGCCAAAUACUAGUAAUAAAACACGAGAAAUGAACUGCUUGAACGUAAUGCCGUCUCCCCCGAAUACGUUUUAUUGGGAUAGGUGUACAUUGUCCCACCAUUUCAUGUGUUAUCCUGAUAUGUCUGUAGAGGGACAAAGAUGCAAGAGACGAAACAAACUUUGCUCGUGGAUAGAAGCUGCAAAUGCUUGUUUUGAAAUGCGUCGUUUCCCAACAUUAUAUAACAAUUCAAAAAAUAUUGCCAAUAGAAGAAGUGGUUCCCAGCUGUGGACAGGCAUUUUCAAAACAAACGUUACGUACAAACGCAACGAAGAUAUUAUGGCUGCACACGCCAAAAUACAGUAUGGCUAUCUGAAAAAUAUCUCAGACAACGAGGUUCAUCUUAAGUUUACAGAGGCAGACUCCAAGAAAAGAAAUCUUUGUUUGAAAGCUGAGGACAUGACAAAGGAUGCUUCCUCCUCCCCUACCACAUCGCGGUCAAACACAAAUGACACGGAUGAGAACAUGACAACGGAUGCCUCUUCCUCUCCUACCACAUCGCGGUCUAACACAAGUGAUACAGAUGAAGAUGGAUCUGGUAUUUACAUUGGUGUUGGUGUAACCUUGGCCAUAAUACUACUUGCUGCUGUCAUAAUUGUGCUGAAACUCUUCUUCAAUCGGAGGCGAGAAAAUCAAAGCCGCACAUGUAAACGUCACGUCAACAAUGCAGGUCGCCAUGAAUACAAUUACCCUGAAUUCGCAAUACCUAGCACAACUCAAGUGGAAAACAAAGCUCCCGGAGAUGAAAACGUAUCGUACAGUACAAUAAAAGAAAGCAAUGUCUAUGACACAACCGAAACCAGUCACGACUAUGAAAAGGUCAAGACGGAAAAUGUAUAUAAUUAUCCAGAUACCGGCAGGAAUACAACAUACGAUCUAGCUUUGGGCGGGAAUGGGGGUAAGGCUGCAAUUUCCAAAGGCAAGGUACUUGAAGAUACGUAUGAUACAAGCAAAGAAGUCACUAGAUGCAUUGUUACUGAUGGUCACACUGAUAACGUUUAUAAUAAAGUUGGAGAUACGGAUAAUAAUGAGUACAGUCAUUUAGGAGAGGAAAAAAGGCAGCCUACAACAGAUAAUCUUUAUGGUUACCAAAGGCGGAUCAGUGAAAACGGUUCUGUGAAUGGUGGAGGUAUAUAGAUCAAAAUAAGAACAGAUCUAAUAAUAUGUAACAAGUUCUAGGUGUCGAAUGUUUAUGUUAAAUGUAAAGCCAAUGAACUGUGACUAAAGCACACUAUUUUUGGACUUUAUUUUUGUAACAAUUAAUUGAUAUUUUGUUCAUUGCAUUUUAGGUAUUCUUUCACGUUAAUUUUUUUAAGGUUUUGGAGUAUUUCUUCAAAAUACAGGAAUAUUUGAUUAACGCACAAAAUCUUUACCAACAAUCUACCUGACCACUACAUGUUCUGUGGUUCUGUCCGGUAGAAUGGAUACUUGAAAUAUUCUCAAAAAAUUGUCCCUCUUUAAAAACGAAUGUCAUUUGUAAAGAAAUAAAGACUGCUGAAACUAGGGUCCACCUGGUUAGGUGAACUUUUAGCACUGGAACGUUAUUACAAAUGCAAAGAUAUGUAACAGUUCUCUAAAAAUGGUGAGUUUUUAAAGGCGUUCAACUGCCAAAAACAGGGUUGCCCCUUUAUGCAGUUUUUUUCCGAAAUUCAAUGUACAUAUCAGUAAACUGACAAUUGUUUUGUAGAGAUAUAUACAUUUUAUAUGUUGUUCAAAAUCCAAUAAUUAUACAGUGAACACGGUGACGAAAUACAACAGUUAACAAUAAGUAACCAAAGAUUUAAAAUGCGGCCCAUAACGUUUUAUCUCUUUAUAUAGCUAUUUGUUUCAUUCUAUACAUAGAGUGUGACGUCACACAUUCCGUCUAACCUCUAUACUAGGAACUGAUAACCAGCCGAUUUUGGAUAAUUGUACAUACACUAAAACAUAGUCCCGCGGAGGACGGUAAAUUUUCAGAAUCUACUUAUUUUUUGCAUGUUAUUACAAGAAAUGUGCGUAAUUGUGAUUACUUAAACUUUUUAAACCGUUAUCGUUCUCUGACUCGUGUCAUAGAAUUAUUUUUUGACAAAAAAGAAAAUCUACUUUCACUUUCCUAUACUGUAGUAUUGCAACGCAAUUAUGGUAUAUUAAAUAUGGAUCGGGAGACUUAGAUAUCAUAAGAUCAAUGUCCUAAACGUCUAAAUGAUGCACAAAUAGAGUGCUUAAGUCAUGUCAUCAAGAAAGAAUACUGUGUGGCCUGAUAUACCAACUGGCACCCCAUGUCAAUGUACAUGUGUAUACAUGUAUAUCAUAUUCUGUUCAAAGUGUUAAUAACCAAACACUUACUCUAAAUUUACAUAUUGCAAUUCUGAUAGUCUAGUCCUUCCCUUGGUGCACCACUGACAGUUAGACCAAAGAGAGAAUAAUUUCUCUGCUACUACUAACUGGAAAUGCUAAAAGUACUUGUUGUUUGUAUGAAUCAUGGACAAUGUAAUACUGACAGGAUUUCAGUUUUCAACACCACUAUCAUGAGUGAAAAACAACCACCUUUGUAAAUUCCAGUUUUAUUUGUACAUAUACUAAAAUCCAUACACACUAUUUUGCAGUCUAUUUUUUUUAAUUAACAGGCCUACUAAACAUGGGGAACAUAUCAAACAAAUACACUUCAGGUAAACAUAAGCACAGACAACUUCAAUACAAUAUAAUUAUUGAUUGAAGUAUUUGCUGGUCAAUAGUAAAAAAAAAGGUUAAGUGACAGGCCUUGACACUAACUUUUUUCUGUGGUGUCCCAGAGGGCCCCCUACCUGUAGAUUCUGGUGUCCCUCACCAAUACAAGAGAUCCCUCAGGUUUGAAAGGAUGAAAAUGUACUCAGCCAAAACUACUAAAUCUUAAAUCAUAUUCAUUUCUUUUCUUCUUUCGAAUUAAAUUCUGCAACAGUCUACAUGUAUAUGCUUUAUUGUGUAUCAAAUGAUGUAGGAUUAAGCAGCUAGUGUGAGAUAAAAACAACAUUGGUUUGAUAUUUUUUAGUUGAAUAUUCUGUUAGAAUUAAGAAAUCUUUUAAUGUAAUUCGGUACUUAAUGGGGCUGUUACAUUGUCGUUGUUGAAAAUAGGUAUCCUGGAGGAAACCUAGCUUUGAAUAAUGGGUGUCAAUUUGCUACAAUUUGGAAUCCUCGGGAUCCCAGGACACUGUUAGUGUCGAGCCCUGCUGCUAAGUCAUGAAUACUGACUGGCAAUCCAUUCAAUAAGUGGUAUAUAACAUGACUUUAGACAUUAAUAUUAACUAUUAUUCUCAAAUAUUAGACAUGUCAUAAAACACAAACUAUGGACAAGAUAUUUAUGUAGCUUGUAAGAAGUCAUGCAAUAUUACUAAUGAUUAUUAAUAUUAUUUCUGGUACACACAUUAAAGCAUUUUAUCAGAUCAGUAAAAGGUAAAAGGGUAAUACACUCGUAACUUAAAUGAAAGUAAUAACUAGAAUGUUAACAACGUGUGUAUAUAUACAGUCAUUAAAAGAUGUUUAAAAUGUUUCUA